GAAAGAGGAAAGAGGAAAGAGGAAAGCGAAAAACGAAAAACGGAGUGUCAGAGAACUGUGCUCACAAAUACAGUUGUAUUUUUUAUUUUAUUCUGCAAGCUGUCAUUGCACCGUUAAAAAAUAUCAAGGAAGGAGUACGUAACGGACAUUUGAAAAGCAGCCUGAGGGAUGAGACUUAAGAUGAAUUGUUACUAAAAUUGAAAACCCAAAUUCGCAGUCCUUUUUAACAGGUAGAAUGUUUGCAUGAAGUGACUCAGCCCUGAGGUUAUAAAGGAACACCUCCUUGCACACACAUCUGUACAGCCCAUUUCUGCUGCACAAGUCUGGUAGUCGACAGCCUCUCCCUGCCCCCUUUUGAGGAGCUCCAUCCCCCCUGUGUCCAGUCUCCACACCCUGCCUGCCUCCCACACAGUGCCAUGAGGAAGUUUGCCUACUGCAAGGUGGUGCUGGCCACCUCGCUGGUCUGGGUCAUGCUGGACAUGUUCAUCCUGCUCUACUUCAGCGAGUGUAACAAAUGCGAGGAGAAGAAGGAGAGGGGCCUGCCUGGCCGUGAAGUGGUGAUCCAGAAGCCUCAGGAAGGCCCUGGGGAGAUGGGCAAACCCGUAGUGAUCCCUAAAGAUAACCAGGAAAAGAUGAAGGAGAUGUUUAAAAUCAACCAGUUCAACCUCAUGGCCAGUGAGAUGAUCGCUCUCAACAGAUCUUUACCUGACGUCCGGUUAGAAGGGUGUAAGAACAAGCUGUACCAGGACGACCUGCCUCGCACGAGCGUGGUGAUCGUAUUUCACAAUGAGGCGUGGAGCACGCUGCUGCGCACGGUGCAGAGCGUCAUCAACCGCUCACCACGCCACCUGCUGGAGGAAGUGGUUCUGGUGGACGAUGCCAGCGAGAGGGAUUUCCUGAAGCGGCCCCUGGAGCAGUACGUGAGGAAGCUGGAGGUGCCGGUGCGGGUGGUGCGGAUGGAGCAGCGGUCAGGGUUGAUCCGGGCCCGGCUCAAGGGGGCCUCCCUCUCCACCGGCCAGGUCAUCACCUUCCUGGACGCUCACUGCGAGUGCACCAUGGGCUGGCUGGAGCCACUGCUCGCCAGGAUCAAACUGGACAGGAGGACAGUGGUGUGCCCCAUUAUCGAUGUGAUCAGCGACGACACCUUCGAGUACAUGGCAGGCUCAGACAUGACAUACGGAGGGUUUAACUGGAAGCUGAAUUUCCGCUGGUAUCCCGUGCCUCAGAGAGAAAUGGACAGAAGGAAAGGAGACCGGACCCUUCCUGUAAGGACCCCCACUAUGGCAGGAGGCCUUUUCUCCAUAGACAGGGACUACUUCCAAGAAAUCGGGACUUACGAUGCAGGCAUGGAUAUCUGGGGAGGAGAGAACCUUGAAAUUUCCUUCAGAAUCUGGCAAUGUGGCGGCACCCUGGAGAUCGUGACGUGUUCCCACGUGGGCCACGUGUUCCGGAAAGCCACACCCUACACAUUCCCUGGUGGGACCGGCCAGAUCAUCAACAAGAACAACCGACGUCUGGCAGAGGUGUGGAUGGACGAAUUCAAGAACUUCUUCUACAUCAUCUCCCCAGGUGUCACCAAAGUGGAUUACGGGGAUAUUUCCGCAAGGGCGAUGCUGAGACAGAAGCUGCAAUGCAAGCCCUUCUCCUGGUACCUGGAGAAUGUAUACCCUGAUUCCCAGAUCCCUCGCCACUACUACUCCCUCGGAGAGAUCCGAAAUGUAGAAACUAACCAAUGUCUGGAUAACAUGGCGAGGAAAGAAAAUGAGAAAGUGGGAGUCUUUAACUGCCAUGGAAUGGGAGGGAACCAAGUUUUCUCCUAUACUGCCAAUAAAGAAAUCCGCACAGAUGAUUUGUGUUUGGAUGUGUCCAAGCUGAGUGGCCCUGUCAUGAUGCUGAAGUGUCAUCAUCUGAAAGGCAAUCAGCUGUGGGAGUAUGACCCCCUGAAACUGACCCUGGUGCAUGUGAACAGUAACCAGUGCCUGGACAAAGCCACGGAGGUGGACAGCCAAGUGCCGAGCGUUAAAGACUGCAACGGGAGCCGCUCCCAGCAAUGGCUGCUCCGCAACGUCACGCUCCCGGAGAUUUUCUAAACAUCCCGGGGAUAUGAAUAUGAAAAGCAAAAAAAGAAAGAUUUCGACUGGGCUACCUCGGCAUACCCUUCCGCCACACGGAAAAUAGCAUCUAACUUAACAGGGACCACUCCCUGCCACGAGAUUUUAGAGACUAGUGAAAAAAGAAUCCAGACUUGAUGGUUGUGCACUUGCCUUCUUUCGCAAGGGUGUGAAACUUCACCGCUCUGGUGCAACUGUGCACAUGUUUAUGUUUACGUGACAGCCUCUCUGACUUGUUUAGUUUUUUCUUUUUUUUUUUUUAAAUAAGGUGAGGAGGGCAACAAAGUGUUUCAUAUCAAAGGAUAAUUUUACAGGAUUUUCAGUGAAGCUGAUACAUAAUCAAUGGAGUGGCUUUUUAGGAGAGAGCAGCCUAUCACUGCUGUUUACAUGCACAUCCAUCUCGCUCACCGGAAAAGCCAGCCUGUUCUUCACAAGACGUUUCCUAGGAUAUCAUUCACUGUCUCCUGUACCUGCAAGUAAACAAUGUCAUUUUCACGGCAAAUGCGCACAGGAAUGAAAGAGUUGAACAGAGCACCGGAUUCUAUUCGUUAUGAAAAGGCUUGUGUUGUAAAGCAGAAAAAAUUAUAAAACAGGGUUAAAAUGACUUAAGUUUAAAAAAAAAUAGAGUUUGUGAUAUUGACAUCUAAAACUUUGGUUUUAUAUAUUGAUGGAAAAGUAACCAAUUCAAUUUAUGUCCUUACGUCAUGAUUUUUUCUUUUAUAUACGUGUUUGUGAAAGUGCCACUCUGUUUUAAGAUUUUUUUUUUUUAAUUAGAAGUUCACUUAGCUAAGAAUGUCCAAUUAGAUGUUUUAAUACCCCAGGUCUAUUGCCUUUUGGUUUGUUAUUUUCCAUUUUCUUCCUGGACCUGUGGUCUAUCUGUGAUGUCUGCAUUUUUUACAGUGCCAGUACAAGAUGUUAGACUACUGCUAGACUACUGUGCUACUACCCCAGUCUCCCCUCAGCUGGUCACCCUGUGAAAUACACCUCUGUACUUUAAAUUGGUUUUAGCAUUUUAACUCUCCUUUCCUCCACUACUAGUGAACACACACACACACUCACACACACAACCAGACAAACAAAGAUACUUUAAGAAGCUGAUGUAGCCUAAAAGUGAUGCCUUGUUUGUUUGGAACUCCGAUGUUACCACUGUAAAUUAAUUCAUACAACUCUUGUACUUUUGGUUGGUACCAAACAAUAGACUGAUGUGGAAGAAAGUGUUUGCAAAGAGUGUAAUUGUAAUAUCCAGUAUUGCUUGCACCCAGGGUGGCACAUAUCAGAGAAGCGUGCUAGUAGUUAAGAAUAGGAGCUGGUAGAUAAGAAGAGUUUGCUGAGUUUGCACAUACUGUACACUGCAGAAGAAAUUGUGACUCUGGUAAAAGGGUGUGUGGCACGGUAGCCUCCCAGCCCAGAAUGUAUUGGCAGGGACAGAGGCUCAGACACAAAGCUUCAAGAUAAAUUGUGCUAAAGCGCUCUUUAUUAACACAAAUAAACAGAGCACAUUAACAAAAUAAAACGGCACAAGGGCCAAAACAAAAGGUCUACACAAAUACUCACGGACAUAAACAGGACACACGGACGUAAACACAGUACAGCACGACAACGACACGAACCUACACACCAACAUUAACUCUAAACUAAUUUCAAUACCCGUAAACACCUAUUUUAUACACCUGUGGCUGGAGCUAAUUAAUCAUUUAAUCAUGUAUUCAGUUGUCUGCUUCAGCCACAUUACCCACGUGUUUUUUCACAGGGGGAAAUGUAACCCUCUCCCUGCCAACCCAAUAUUCCCCACACAAGCACACAUACACACUUGCACCAGCAGGGUUUUCACCCUGCCACAGGAUGUCAUAGCUUUCUCCUCUGCGUUAUCCAGCCCCCUUACAGUGCAGUGCAACAAAGCACAACAUUCUUUACCUCCUAUUGAGAGCGCCGUUGAACUUUUUAAUAGAGAUGCUAUCACAGGCUUAUUUCUAGUGUGUGGUUUGAAAGUUAUUGAUGAAGGACGAGGGGGGGUUAGGUACUGGAUCUGUUUAAGAAUAUCUGUAUAUAUAGAAAAUUAUCAAAAAAAGUGGGGUUUUUUGCAAUAAGGGCUGUAUCUGUGCCCUCUAUCACUAACCUAAAGGGCAUGAACUUAAACACAGGUUUCAGACAAGAUUGAACAAGGGAAUGGGUGAGAACUAUAUCUUAUUUGGUUGAAAUAAUUCAGAGAAAGCUGUAUUUAUCAAUGUGCUGCUGCAGCAAGUCUGACAUGUAUCUAAAAGGCCUACAAUUAGUCCAAACAUGCAUAAACCACUAGUUACAGAAACUAACCAAUCACUGCUUCCACAUAUUAUCAAUGCUAUUCUUAUUACUUGAUAAUACUAUUAUUGUUGUUGUUAUUAAUUAUCAUUAUUAUUUAUUUGGUCUUGUCUCUGAACAUAGCACCCCAAUAAACCAGAAGAAAGGUUUUAUGUGCUUUUCAAGUAGUUCUGAGAACAGUAAGCAUCUAUAAACAUGUUAUUAGUAUGAUGAUUAUUUUUUUUUAACAGUAUAAUCCAAUAGGAUGGUUUGUGUUGUCUUCAAGUACAUACUGGUACACUGUUAAAGAUUUGUAAUAAUGUCUUAGUUACAUGUUUUAUCAAAACAGGCUGAUAGUGUUAUAUCAUUCAUAACAAUGUAAGAGAAGUUUGGGAAUGAUUAAAGACCUUUUGACCCAUGGAGGCUCAUCCCUCCCUACUAAGGAGAUCUAAUUCAAUGGGACAUAAUCUGCAAUUUUUUUUUUUUAUGUUCCUUGCAUUUUGAGAUGUUUUUAACUUCACUUUGUAGACUAUUCCCUGCAUUUAUAACUAAAAAAAGUGGUUCCUACCUUCCUUGUAUGCCCUCUGUGCUAAAUUUGUUGUAGUGACUUGGGUUAUCUAAACCAUUUAGUGUUUUAUAAACCUCAAAGUGAUCAAAUGAUGCACAUGAAUCAUUUUGCUUCAGAGGGGAAUAUAAGGUUCUUGUUUUUUUUUUUUUUGUCAGUGCUAGUUGUGCUUUAGUGUGGGUCAGCAUGUGUUAAUUAUCUGAAUCCCCCUCCUCAAUAAACCAAAAUAAAAAGGGGCUCGGUGGUCGAGAGCACAGUAGGCGUUUACAAUAAAGGACCAUUUCAUCUCAGAUUAAUUCUUUCUUUAGAGCUCACAGUAAUUAACAGUAGUGUGUGUGUUUACACCAGCUCUGUUAAAUUAUAAUGAACAUUUACAAAAAAAAAAAAAUGUAAUCCAUUUUGUUUUAAGCAGCAAGUUCAGUCCUUCACUAUCCCCUCAUAGAUGGGUUGAAGUUUGUUAUGAAUCUCUGUUCUUCCAAGCCUGGCUGUCUUUGAACCUGCAAUGACUGAAAUGUUCUUCAAUGGGACCAGCUGAAGGUUUACAGCAAGUUGCCAUUGCUCCAUCUUCUCAACAGAUCCCUCCCUGUCUGAUGCUCUUAAUGUAAUGUUGAUCAAACUGCUUUUUUUGUAAUAAAAAUUUAUGG